UUAAAACUAUGAUUCAAUUUUAGUAUUGGUUACACAUAAUUUAUCGCAAAAUUUUCGGCAAUUUUGACUUUGGACUUUGGAUUAAACUUAUAUUAUAAAUAAACGAUCGGCUUAUCUUGUAGUAGAGAUAUAAAACUCGUGUGGGCUAUCCGUUUAAGGAUAUUUUUUCCUAAGUUUAGUGUGAACAGGUUGUAGCAAUGCGUUCCGCGGUUUUUCAAAAGUUCGCGAAGUAUGUGACGCGAAACAACAGUCCAAAGUCCUUUGCGACUGCUGCCAACAUGAGCGACCCUAUUGUGACGGUGAAGCAAGGCAAACUGCAAGGCGAUCAGCUAAAGCUUCUCAAUGGCAGCCCAUACUACAGCUUCAAAGGUAUCCCCUACGCCGAGGUGCCUGGAAGGUUCCUGCCUCCGAAGCCGCAAAGUCCUUGGCAGGGAGUGAAAGAAGCCACCGAACAUGGUCCAGUAUGUCCUCAAUAUGAUAUGAUGGUGAAAGAUUUCUUAGAAGGAGAUGAACACAAUUGCUUAUCUCUCAACGUAUAUACCAAGUCGCUGGAGCCAAGUUCUAAGCUGCCCGUAGUUGUUUUCUUCCACGGAGGCGCUUAUGCCUCAGGAUCGGGAGACUCUACCACUUACGGACCAGACUUCCUACUACAACAUGACGUCAUCCUUGUCACUAUCAACUACAGGCUGGAAGUGCUAGGGUUCUUGUGCCUGGACACCCCUGAAGUCCCAGGCAAUAAUGGAAUGAGGGACCAAGUCGAAGCACUACGCUGGAUCAAGAAUAACAUAGCUCAAUUUGGAGGCGAUGUUGAUAAUAUCACUUUAUUCGGAGAGAGCGCCGGUGCGUCUUCAGCUACCUUCCAUUUGCAGUCACCGAUGUCCAAAGGACUCUUCAACAAAAUAAUUUGCAACAGUGGAGUCAAUGUUGCUGAUUGGGCUCUAGGCAGAGAUCCGGUAGGUCGUGCGUUCAGAGCAGGUAAAGCGUUGGGUAAAGACUUGACUGAUAAAAACGAACUACUAGAAUUCUUCCGUAGUGUUGAAGCUGUUAAGUUUGGAAGAAUAACGUUCAAAAGUAUGACUGAGGAUGAGAAGCGCAGAGGGCUGCCCAUACAUUUUGGGCCGGUUGUGGAAAAGAAGUUUGAUAAUGUGGAGCCUUUCUUAACUGAAGAGCCUCUUGACGCUUUAUUAGCAGCCAAUUUACAGAAGAUACCAAUGAUGACCGGGUACAACUCUGACGAAGGAAUAGUCCUGCUUCCAGACGGCCUUAAGAAGUUAGAUUUCUUCAAUAAGAAUACCAAAUACUUUGUGCCAAGGGAACUUGCUUCGAGGAUUUCUGAAGAAGAGAUGGUUAAGUUGGGAGAGAGGAUUAAGAAAUUGUACGUUGGGGAUAAGGAUUUUACGGAGGAAACGCCGAGGGACUUGGCUGCUUUGAUGUCUGACCUGCAUUUCAUUUAUCCCGCUCAUCGGUACACCCACUUCUAUUCAUCUUUGGCACCGACUUACGUAUGUAUUGUUUUUACAUAA